CAGCAGAUUUUAAAAACUAAAGGAAGAUGUCUUUUUUCCCCAAAAUCUCUUUCCAACAUGAAGUUGAAGAGUAUCUCACCAAAGUGUUCAAAAAUAAUGAGCUUAUCACUGCUUUAGGUGCACAGGAGGUGGAGAGUAAAUAUCAAUCUCUGUUAAGUCAUCUAUCUCAUCCACCAGGUUUCACAACUGUUAGAGUUAAUACCCACUUGGCCUCAGUGAAACACGUGAAAAAAUUGCUGUUUGAAGAGAUCCAGAAGCAAUUUAAAGGACUAUGUGUUCCAGUUCUUGAGCACCCGAAACUCCAGGACAUCUUGUUAAUUCCUGUCAUUGGACCCAGGCGAGAUUUAAAAAAACAUGCAUCUGAAGUCAUUGUUGGAGCCCACUGUGGAUAUGCAGUACUUCGAGGAGCACAUGUUUAUAUCCCUGGAAUCACAUCUACCUCAAGAUUUAUGAAAGCUGGAGAUCUGGUCUCAGUGUAUUCAGAUAUUGAAGGGAAAUGUAAAAGAGGAGCCAAAGAAUUCGAAGGAGUCAAAAUUUUCCUUGGAAAUGGGAUUUCAGAACUGAGUCGCAGUGAAGUCUUUAGUUCAAGUGGCCCCUUGAAUGGAAUGGGCAUAAGAAUGAUAGAGCCAGUCUACCUUAGUCCUUCAUUUGACAAUGUGCUCCCUAGUCAUUUGUUUUUACAGAACUUGCCUUCUGUGGUUGUGAGCCAUAUUUUAAACCCUCAGCCAGGAGAGAGAAUUUUGGAUAUGUGUGCUGCACCUGGAGGAAAAACAACCCAUCUUGCAACAUUAAUGCAUGACCAGGGUGAAGUAAUAGCCAUGGACAAGAUAGCUAACAAGGUCAAAAAAAUUAAGCAGAACGCUGAAUUGCUACAGUUGAAUUGCAUUAAGGCCUUUUGCUACGAUGGGACAAAGGCACUUUCAGUUGAGAAGAGAGAGGAUGAACAAGAAGGACCUCCAUUCUUAGCAGAGUCAUUUGAUCGAAUUCUUCUUGAUGCUCCAUGUAGCGGGAUGGGACAGAGACCAAACAUGGCUUAUCCCUUGACUUUAAAGGAAGUGACCUCUUAUCAGCCACUACAGCGCAAGCUUUUCACUGUGGCAGUAAAAUUGCUGAAGCCAGGAGGUGUUUUAGUAUAUAGUACAUGUACGAUUACACUUUCUGAAAAUGAAGAGCAAAUUGCUUGGGCCCUGAAAACUUUUCCAUGCCUCCAGCUUCAGCCACAGGAACCUCACAUUGGAGGAGAAGGCAUGAGGGGAGCUGGACUGUCACUUGAUCAGUUGAAGCUGCUGCAGAGAUUUGAUCCAUCUGGUGUGACGUUGCAAGGAAUGGAUAUUAAUUUUUUGCAAGAUUCCAGGGAAGAUGAUCUGAUUUCACUGGCAAAUAAGGACUGUAUAGGAUUUUUUAUUGCAAAAUUUAUUAAAUCGAACAGUGAAUAAGCAUUUAGGAAUGCAACCUGAAAAAAAUACCUCUAUGAGUCUAAGAACAGUUCAGAUGUGAAGUGUGUUUCUUACUGCUGCAAUGUUGCCAAGCCAACGGGCUGACGGUGGGGUUGCUAUGGCAGCAAUAAAAUCUACCAGCUGUUCUGCUGGGAAAGAGCCACAGGUUGCA